AACGGGACCAUGACACCGACGACUUCCAAGCUAAACCACGGAGGUAAUAAACAGCGCAAAAAUACACAUCUACCCCUGUCUUGUAGCUAGUAUCCCGCUAGCUAUCGGAAUGAUGGGUUUUCAGGCCAACUUUGUGGCCGCCGCAGGGCUCCUAGUAGUAUUCUCGUUCAUGGCCGCCGCUUCUGCGAGCCCCUCCCAUCCCCGUGAUGUCGUACCCAACGUCGUCACCGCCCAGGGCACCAUCACGGGGACACGCGAUGCGAACGGCAACUCGGUCUUCCUCGGCAUCCCGUUCGCCGCCACCACCGGGGGCGACAACAGAUGGCGCGCCCCCCAACCGGUGGUUCCGUCGGCGGCGCCCUUCAACGCGACCGCCUACGGACCGACAUGUCCGCAGGGCCCGUCGCCGUCUAGCGGGCAAUGGUCGCGGCAGGACGAGGACUGCUUGAACCUGAACAUUUGGGCGCCGGUGCGGCAGGAACAGGACGGGAAAGCCCCCGUGUUCGUGUACAUGUACGGUGGCGCCAUGGUCACUGGUUCCAACAGCAACCCGCAGAUUCAGGGGCUUAACUUCGCGAAGAAGGGUGUCGUUUACGUGAACUUCAACACGCGCGAGAGCAUUUUUGCCUCACCCCAUUCCUCCGAGCUGGGGGCCGCAAGCCCUGACGAGUCGCAAAACUUCAGCAUCUUGGAUGUAGACAAGGCUCUGGAGUGGGUGCGAGAGAAUAUUGCCGCUUUUGGCGGCGACCCCGACCACAUCGUCCUCGGUGGCCACUCGUCCGGCUCCGUCCAGGUCGACCACUACCUCUGGAACCACCCAGACACCUUUUUAAAGGGCGCGGUGCAAAUGUCCGCCAAUGCCAUGUCCGGCCCCGCGUACGCCCCCGUCAACCAAGCCCUGGACCUGAUGGCCGCAGACCUCGGCUGCCCCACGGCGGCGGCGGGCGGCCAGAUCGACUGCCUGCGCAAGCUGAACGUUGACGCCUUCAAGACGGAGCGGUUUAACAGCUUCCUCAACACCGCCUUCACGCCCACCAUCGACGACAUGACGCGCCACUCGGACUACGCGGCGCGGUUCGCGGCCGGCGGGUACGCGUCGCACGUGCCGCUGCUGACGGGUGUUUCGGACGGCGAGGGCACCAUCUUCUCGCUCGUCUACGGCGCCGAGAACGGCAACUUCAGCAGCUGGGUCCGCUCCUUCAACGCCGACGUCGCCCACCUGGACCCGGCCGCGCUCGAGGCCGCGUACCCGGCGGCCGCCUUCGCGUCGGGCCCGCUCCGCGCCGGCGCCCAGUACGGCGACGCGCGCUUCUACUGCCCCGUCGACUACCUCGCCGACCUGCGGUCCGGGGCCCAGCCGACGUGGGCGUACCGCUUCUUCGGCAGGUACGACAACGUCGUCGGCCCGCCCGGCACGGCGCCCACGCACGGGACCGAGGUGCCCUUCUUCCACGGCGGCAACGAGUGCUUCGCCAGUCUCCAGGGCGUCACGGCCGAGCAGCAGGCCCUGGCCGAUUCCAUCCAUGACAAGUUCGUUGCCUGGAUCAAAGACCCGGCGGCCGGCCCGGGCUGGGACAGGGUGCGGCCCCGGUCGGGGCCGCUCGCCAAGCUCGGCCUGCCCGGUGAUGAGCUUGCGAUUGCUCUGGACGAGACGGGGAAGUUUAACGACAGGUGCCAGAGGGUUUACAACCCCAAUUUCCUCGCUUACCCGCUUGUGCAAGCCAUCUAAGGCUGUCAAAAUGGACCACGCGUUCCGAAGUAAGAGUCUACACCUCAUCGAUGGAUAGGAAAGAGGAUAGAAAACAUCUAGGGGACGAUUGGGUGAUAGAUAGGGUAGCCAAUUGUGGCGGCGAGGCGCGGUGUAGACUUUCAUUCGGGCGUCGAGUCGACCUCACUGUGGAUCGGCGGUCGAGUUUCGCUUCCGAUCUAGUACCUAAGCCUCACAGGGGAAAUUACGAAAAGAGAAGAAGAUUUGACAUUUUACAGCCUUCUAAGGCGG